AUGGCUUCAGCAGCUCCUCCGUCUACGACUGUCCCGACUUCUGGCGUCAAUGGCGACACUCUUGUCGUCGUCAAAGUCUUCUACGCCAACCAGAACCGCCGUUUCAAGCUCGCUCUGCGUGAUCUUGGUGCUCAAGUUCUCCCUCAGAAGCUCCGACUUCUCCUCGCCGUACCUGAAGGCUCCGUCCUGAUCCUGGAGCGAUACAGCGACUCCGCCGGUACCUACGUCGUCCUCGAUAGCAACAACCCUUCUAUCUACAAGCAGCUCUACCGAGCCGCGAAGGCCAAGCUGAAGCUCCGACUCAAGGCUACUGUACUGCCCGCAAAGCCGCAACAAUCGACAGUUGCUGACCUCUUGGACGACAAGGACGCUGAAGCCGAGAAGAUGAAGCCCUCUGAUAUCAAGGCCGAGCCGAGAUCGACCUACCUCGAGACCGUCCUGUCGCAGCCGGUCGCCACCAGCAAGCCCGCCCUCACAUUCAAGAGCUUCCAAGAUGCAGGUCGCCCACUUCAAGCCUCAGGCGCUGUUCGCAUGCCAGGUGCAUUCAACUCAGACUCCUAUGUUGACCCGCCGCCCCGUCCAUCUCCUCAAUCAAAGAACCUGAGUCAGCCAACAAUUCCCUGCUUCCGAGACUUUAGCGGCACCUUCAGUAUCGACUGCAACCAUUGUGGCAAGGCUGUUCCCAAUGAGCAUUAUCACUGCAGCAUUUGCGAGAACGGAGACUUCGAUCUCUGCCAGGCUUGUGUCGAUAAGGGAAUCAACUGCGAAGGUGAAGAUCACUGGCUUAUCAAGCGCUUCAUCCGCAAUGGCAUUAUCAUCCCAAGCGUCACCGAGACCUGCGCACCACGUCAGAACAAGGCUGAUAAGAAGAUCGAGAUUCCCGCUGCGACUGAUUUCGAAGAGCGCACCUGCAAUAGCUGCAUCGACCAACUCCCAGCUUCGGCAUUCGUGACAUGCAAGGAUUGCUCUGACUUCGACUUGUGCCAAUCUUGCUUCAUGAAGGAUGAGCAUGGGCAUUCUCUGGUUCACAAGUUCGAGCCCGUCAGCCCAAUUCUUCACCACAAUGUCAGCUCUCAGAUCAAAUGGCUCUGCCAGCCGGCUCGAGGUCUCGUUCAUCAGGCUACCUGUGAUGCUUGCGAGAAGCAAAUCGUUGGUGUACGCCACAAGUGCCUUUCCUGCCCCGACUACGAUCUGUGCAGCCGCUGCCACGAGAGUGCACCUGAGAAGCAUGCCGGUCAUCGCUUUGCCCCACUGUAUGAAGCUCUCGAAUAUGUACCUCAGGUCAAGGAGCACCACCGUGGCAUCUUCUGCGAUGGACCACUUUGCACGAAGCAAAACAACCAGAGCUACAUCCGGGGCGACCGCUACAAGUGCAGCAUCUGCAAGGACACCGACUUCUGCGCAAAUUGCGAGGCUCUCCCGAACAACCCCCACAACAAGACACAUCCGCUGCUCAAGAUCAAGUGCCCCCUGCGCAAUGUCAUUGUGCACACGAUCGAAGAGAAUAACAAGGGUCAAGAGAUCAACCACCUAGGCGAUCAGCGUCUUGCUAAGCAUGCUUCCACUGAGACUGUUCGCUCCACAUCCACAAAUGCUGCAACCCAAGUCCAGACUGUUGCUGAGGUCCGUCCCGCCGACAGCACGGCUUCUUCCACGGAUAACAUGAAUGCCUUGGAAGCCAUGCUCAAGAAGUUGUCUGUGGGCAAAACAGCGGCCGAUCUUCAAGCUUGGUACGAAUCAGACUCCACGCCAGAUGGUAGCAACUUCCUUCCCAACCGUCUCGUGUCUCAAUCGUGGACGCUUCGCAACCCUGGUCCAGACACAUGGCCUGCAGGAUGUGCUGUCUACUUCAUUGGUGGCGACGACAUGCGCAAUGUGGACAACAAGCGUCCUGCAAGCGUUGACGAUUUGGUACUCGCGAGUUGCUCCAACGUCCUCGAGGAGGGACUGGAGCCUGGUAAGACUGCAGUCUUCACUGUCAUGCUCAAAUCUCCCAGUCGCGCAGGCCGCGCCAUCUCCUACUUCCGUGUCAAGACUCCCGAAGGCCGACCAUUCGGUCACAAGCUGUGGGUGGACAUCAACGUCAAGGAGCCGUCCAUCGACUCGCCCAUCGCCACCCCAGUCAUCGAGUCUAAGAAGGCCACAGUCGAGGAGGAGAAUGAGACGGCUGGUGAGAAGUCCGAGGAGCAAGAGGGCUCGACCAUGAUCUUCCCCAAGCUCGACAAGGAGUCGCCUGUCUCCAGUGUACAUGAUGUGUCCGGAACGGUCGUGGAAGAGGCUGCACCGAGCCAUGAUGAGCACAGCAUCCUUGACGAUGUCGAGAGUCUCGAGCUCGAGUCUGAGAGCGACGAUGGUUUCCUCACCGAUGAAGAGUACGACGUGCUCGACGCAAGUGAUGAGGACUUCCUGGAUGCUCAGGCUGCCGUCCCCAAAUAG